CAUUUCUCUGACAGGCGUUUUGACAACACUACAAGAAGCAAGGACCAGUCUGUUCGCUUCGGUUUGAGUGUACUGGUUCACAGACCUUUACCGAAGGACAUUUAGCGGACAGAGAUUAACGUUAACGCUAGUUACAGUUUGUAGCGACUUAACAUACCCAUAGACUGACAUUAAAUAACAAGGCUUUCUACACGUGCUGGGAAGCUGUGUUGAUGAGGUGUGUGAAGACAGAAGAUUUUGUCCGGAGGAUUUCCACCUCAGCGGAUGCUGCAGCUUUGCACAAUGAGCUUGAGGGCUUUCUGGGUAGUGGAGGUGGGCCUCACACUCGAGCUGUGUGUGACCGCAUUAUCCAUGCGUGCUACCAGAGGCUGGGGCUUGGAGCACAGCUGGAGGUGGGGCUUGUCCAGAGUGUGAUGCGAUUGGUUCAGCUGGCAGUGGGCGGGUACAAGCAGGUGGAGGAGGUGCGGCCGAGUGCUCCUCUCUACCUGGAGAAGAUGCUGUUCCACAUCCUACAGAAACUAAUGAAGGUGGGCAAGCAGCACUGUGCUGAUCUGGCACUGCUUCUGUUUCAACGGCUGAAGGCGACAGAUUCACAGGAGGAGGAGUACCAGGCGUUGGUGCAGAACUGUUUUGCGCUGAUGUGGAAUGCUGCAGGUGGUGUGCGGGAGUCGCACACACCUGAGCCGACAAACACACCUGCGCCGACACACACACUGCGUGUGAGGCUGGAGGCGCUGCGCUUCCGGCUGUUGCAGGAGAGUGUGUGUGUGCUGGGCGGCCCCUCCAAAGGGUGUGUGUAUGUGGAAGAGGCUCUGAUCCAGUACAGACGGGCCUGCGGCGGCCUCACACACACACACGCUGUCACCAUGCUGCGGCUGCUCCAGGAGUGUGUUCUGGGUCCACUGUGGAGCGUGGAGGAGUGUGUGAGUGACCUGGGUCCGCUGUGUUUUCUGACGGUCAAGGUGUGUAAAAUGCUUUGUGGGGCAGAGCUCUGGGAUUUGGCCAAUCAGCAAGUGGCGGAAGCUGAGGGGCGUGUCCAGGGGCAGAGGGAGGAGCUCUGCUCAGCCUUGCAGCUCUGUGGUUGGUCGGUUCAGCUGCACCGCCUUUUGCGCACUUCAGAGUCAGACGGAGGCCACACCUAUGCAGCAUGUGCGCAGCUGCUUAGCAACCUAUCCGUCACCAUGGAGACCCACAGCCAGCCAAUACUGGAGGCGUGUCAGCUGGUUGUCUGGGCAACUGAGACGGGCCCCAGAAACGGCAUGGAGGCGGCUACACUGCUGGCGUGCCUGAACUUCCUGAAGCAGCACCAGCAAACCAUACUGGUUUGUGAGGCUCCAAACCUUCAGACUACCCUCUGCCAGAGCUUGUGUCAAGCUUUCAGCAGUACACACACUAGCCUGAAGAAAUCAAAGGUGCUGGAGGGAGUGUGUUUGCAGCAGGUGAUGGAGCGUCUGCAGGGUUCCGUUACUGAGCUUCUCCAGCACCUGCAGAAACUGGCCAAUGAGAAUCUCCUUCAGCAUGCAGUGUCUACUAUGAAUGGGGUUGUGUUUGAGUUGUUCAACAGGAAAUUGCAUCUGGAAGCGCUUUCACUGGUCAAACCUCUAUGUGAGCAGUUGGUGAAGUCCCGCCCCCCUUCUCUGUCCACUGAGAGGGUGAACCACUGCUUUCUGCAGGCUGUUCAGAGUUUCCGGCGUGUGGGUGACCACCGGGGUGCGCUGCAGGCAGUGUCUGACUGGCUACUCUGCCUCAGCAAGGAGGAGCUGCGGGAUAUGUGCAGCAUCACACACACACACUCUCUCUCGCACACACACCCCAUCAAACUGUGGGCCAAGAUCAAAGCUGAUGCGGCCAAGAGUGGAGAAGAGGAGCUGCUGCUUCGGACCCUCCGGGACAGCUUUCAGGGGGCGGAGCCUGGUGAUGCAGUGAUGAUGCAGCUGCUGGAGGUGGAGCUCCGUGCGUAUGCGGACGGGUCACAUGACCUGCAUCGGGAGACGUACAACACGCUAUGUGACUUGCUGGACUUGUGUCCUGAGGACAGCGAACACACACACACACGUGCUCACACACUCCUUCAACUUGCACAGGUCACCUGCCUCCACGACUUCAGUCAACUGACCGACUGCUCGCCUGUAGAUUUUGCCCAUGAGGCUUUGCGGCUGCUGGAGGUGGAGCCUGAGACUGUAGCGAAUGCUGAUUGGCUGAGAGAUGACACAGCACACGCCUCCCUCUGGCUGUACAUCUGCCAAUCAGAGAAGAGUUUACAAGAGGCGAUGUCAACAGAGAAACGUUUGCGCGAAGAGCAGGACAGAGGGGGCGUGGCCUGUUUGGAACCACUCCUCCCUAAUGACCUGGACCAGGAGGAGAGGGAGAGAGUGAAAGAGAGCGUGCUUGUGUACGAGGGCCUCAACUUCAACCUCAAACAACACACCGAUCGUCUGGCUGCCCUGAACAAGAGUCUGUCCUUGUGGGCGGGGCUGGUGGUGGAGGGGGCGGUGCCAGUAGUCAGACAUCCCGCCCACACUGCUUCCAGCCUCCUCCUACUGGCUUCACUCUAUACGCUCAUGAGCAAGCCACUAGAGGCUCUGCAGAGCUACCAGCUGGCUCACCGUUUGUCCUGUUGCCUUGGUGAUGCCCAGAGCAGUGCCAGUGCCCUGUGUCACUGUGCACGUGUACUGAUGGACCUUGGAGAGUGGGAGAGCGCACAGGUGCACCUGGAGCAGGCUGAAGAAUGCAUCACCAAAGCUGCUGCUUCCAGUAGCAUUACGAUCAUCUCCAUGACAAUCAAGCUGCUCAGAGCCUCCAUCUUCUACUGCACUGGGGAGGUUGAUCGUGGUGUGUGUGUACUGUGUGAGGUGUUGUGUGACGUGGAGAAGAAGCACUCAAGGAGUUUCUACAUGCUGAAGGCUCAGGCUCUGCAGACAGCGAGCACCUACCUUAGUCUGGACACACACUCCCUGCCAUCAGAGCUACGCAGCAAAAUCACCCAGCACGGCCUGAUUUCUCCAGAUGUUGCUCAGUAUGAAGGCAUGAAGCUCUUGCACAGUUUGGUUGUCAUGUUGCUUGGAAAAGGGUUGUUUGGUGCGUCCAGUUCGAACAGUGACAGCAACAGCACAGCACAAGAUAACACAGGUGAUGGGUUGCUGAUAAAGUACCAGCUGCUCUCUGAGGUGUGUGUAUGCGCGCGGCGGCUGGUGUGUGUGCGCAGCAAGGCUGGUUCCGCUCACGAGGCUAAAGUCCAGUGCCUGGAGGCUCUCAAGCUCGCCAGCAAACUACAGAGCAUCAACCACUGUGCUGAUCUGCUAGUGUGUAAAGCGGAGUUGGAGUUGCUGAAGGGGGCGUCUGAAGAGAGUGCUCAGGAUCUACAGAGAGUCAAAAACCUACUGGAGUCUUGCACAGAUUCCUCAGGUGGGCGUGGCUCUGACAUGAAGCUGAAUCUGCGUAAAGUCUUGACGCCAAUGGACCUCCAGGCUCCGCCUCCACAGCGUCAGGAGGAGGAGCAUAAUGAUGACACUGAUGGGCUCCUGUCCUCUCGGCAAAUCCCAAGAAUCGUAGUGGAAGGUGUGGGUGUGGCCAGUGGACAGGGCUCCUCCCCUCCCCUGAAGCAGCGUUCUGAUUGGCUGCGGAGCCUGAGCCAUACUGCAGAGUGCGUGUGUGCGGUCUGCUCUGACCUGACUCUGGGGCGAGUGUGUGUGAGCUGGGCAUUGGCCUCCGCAGCUCUUUCCUCUCUCACACACACACACCCCAAGACCAACUCCAGCACUCACACACACUCGCGCGCUGCCCUGCGCCUGUACCGCCUGUGUGUGCAGCGCUGCCAGCGUCUCUCCCACACGCUGGCCAGAAAGCUCCAGAGCCUCCCCCUCACACACACACACACAAGCACCCCCCUUCAUCCACUGCUGCGUGUGCCGGUGGCGCGAGCGCUGGUCGGGCAGGCAGAGAGCAUGAUGGGACGGCAGCCGCAGCUCAGCCCAGAGCUGCAGGGUGUGCUGGAGAAGGGGUUAAAGGUCACGACCCCAAGAGGUCACGCGUGGGCGGAGCUGCUGACCCUCAGGGCGGAGCUGCUGGCGCUGAGGGGAGUGGCCUGUUGCCUAGCGAUAGCUGCGAAGCGGCAGGUGUCUGUGGAGGAUCUGUUCUCGGGGGUGUGGUCUUGGAACCCCCCGAAGAAGAGGGAGCACAGCGGCGUGUGUGAGCCGCAGGAGGAGCUCACACACACUCACACUCCGAGGGCAGCGUUUCAGACGCCCGCCAGAGGAGCUAGAAGCUCACAAAGCUCCGCCCCCAAGUCCUUGCUGAGGCCCGCCCCCAGCUCCACCCCCUCCGUGUUCAAGACUCCGUGUGCCCCAGGACACCGCCCCAAAUCUGCGGCCGCCUCCCUCAGUGUGUUUGAGUUCCCAGGAGGCAGUCCCGAGCACUCACACACCCGUGCCCGCACCGCCCCAAUCACGCCGCGACUCCACGCCGGAAAGAAGGCCAGUGGGCGUGGCUUCCAGGUGUUUGAGGACACCUCACCCACAGAGGUCGCUGCCCCAAAAGCACCUCCUGCUCCGAGACGAACCAAACGCUCCAGAUUCAAGGUGGUAUUUAGUGAUGAGAGCGAUUCAGACUCUGAGGCGCCCCCUGUUGCUGAGGUGAAGAAGCGAUCACCACAAACGUCCAGGAAAUCCCGCCCCCCUCAGAAAGCCCCGGCCAAUCAGAAAGCCCCACCAGCUCAAAAAGCCCCUCCCACCCAAAGAACAACUCGUGGGAAGAGCGCUCUGCACCAAUCAGCCACUGCGCCUCAAGAGGGAGUGGCUCUGACUCAACAGCGCCCUAGAAGGGGUCGUUCCAAGAAAGACUCCUCCCACUGUGAGGAGGUGGAGACGUUGCGUACCAUCGAAGAUGAAGAGGACCUUAAAGGAGACCAGAGCCUGGACCUCCUCCAGCUCUCUGACACUGACACAGGAGAUGCUGUGGACGGUCUAGAUGAGUGUGAGAUCCUAAGGCGAGACCUUGGCGCAGAAAUGGGGUGUGGCCACGUGAUUGACAUCAGGAAGGCUGUUGAGCCCCUUACACACAUUCACUCCGGAAUGGACCUAUCUCUAGACUCCGCCCUCUCUAUCCUACAGUCAUCUUGGCUCCUCCUGCAGCAUGCCCCGCCCCCCUCCCUCUUCUCCCGCCUGUCGUCCCUCAUCGCCCAAUCACACGGAAACAAAGACCCUGUCACCACGGCGAUGAUGCACUCAAACGCCCUGGGAAUUACCACACGACAUCACAUGACACGCCUUCUGGCAUCACGCAUGAGGAAGUGGAGGAAGUGCCAGCCAGACGUGGCGGACGCUCUGGAAGCUCUGAGUCUCAAGGAGGAGACUCAUAAGGAGACUCAGAAGCUCCUCACGUUGCAGCAGAUCUUCUCUUUCCCGACUGCAGAACCCCGCGCUUUACCCCAAACACACACACACCAGUUCAGCCAGCAACUACAGGACCUCCCAAAAGGUGUGAUUGUGUGCAUGUUAUCGGUGGUGGAGGCGUGUCCUGGCACGAUCGACACCCUUUUGCUGACUCGUCUGGAGAGAGACUCUGCCCCCAUAACCAUACGCAUACCCACUGCCCAAAGACAGAACUCUGUGAGUGUGUGUGUGGCUGAGUUGGAGGCCAUUUUGGAGCAGCAGAAGCAACUAAAUGGCGUCUCAGAGAAGAACCAGUGGUGGGAGGGAAGGAGGAGCCUUGACUCACGCAUGCAGAGGCUGCUGGAGCACAUGCAGGAAUGUCUGGGGGUGUGGCUAUGCUUGCUCCUACCCUUGGCCUCUGACCCUGCCCUCUCAGAGCAGCUUGCCCACCUGAUGCCCCUCCCACCCUCCUGCUCCAUCACAACACACAUGCUGCAGGUUGUGCUCUCGGCAGCUCCUCUGCUCUCCCACUCUGACCUGCAGAGUCUGGCUGAGGGGGCGGGGCUUGAUCCGGAGGCGUGUCUAAAUCUCCAGAAGGCGACAGCCAAACUACAGAAGCGGGUGGAGCCAGAAGGACACACGGUGCUCAUCUUGGACAAGUACCUCCAGAAGCUGCCAUGGGAGAGCAUCCCUUGCCUCAGGCCUCGCACAGUCACACGCAUGCCAUCUCUACAAGCAGUCCUGGGACAUGCCUACCUUCAGAAGUUGGAUGCUGAGUGUGUGUUGGUACAGGGUGUGGACCCUCAGCAGGUGUUCUAUGUUCUGAAUCCAGAUGGAAACCUCCCAGAUACACAGCAGCGCUUUGAAGAGUGGUUUAGCAGCGAGGAGGUGUGGCAGGGUGUGUGUGGCUCCGCCCCUGAUCCAGGAAAAUUACAGGAAGCCAUGGCAACCAAGGACCUUUAUAUUUACGUGGGUCACGGUGCCGGAGCGCGGUUCCUGGACUCAGGGCGUCUGCUGAAGGGGGAGGUGCGCAGCGCCGCCCUGCUGUUUGGAUGCAGUAGUGCAGCUCUGAGCGUUAACGGACUGCAGGAGGGGACAGGGAUCGUGCUCAACUACAUCAGCGCCGGCUGUCCUCUGGUUUUAGGGAACCUGUGGGAUGUGACGGACCGUGACAUUGACCGCCUGACGGUGGCGCUGCUGCGCUCGUGGCUUUCUGGGGGCCCGGGCUCCUCUCUGCUUGCUCACCUGCCUGCCGCACGCACAAACACACGCCUCACACACAUGAUCGGAGCCGCGCCUGUCGCCUACGGCCUGCCCGUAUACCUCAGAUAACACACAAGCACACUUGUAUCAUAUCCAAGCUCAACAGCAACUCACACACACAUACUCGCGCUUCAUGACUUUCUCAGGUAUGAGGAGUGUAAGGUUUUAAAAGGUUUUAUUUAUUUUGCUUUUAUUUUCAUGACUUUUAAUGUAAAAACCCUUUUCUGAACAUUUAAUGUCAUAUGCCAUUAAAUAAACAUGACAACUCCUUGGUGUGUUCGCUUUUAAAGUAUUCAGGAAGU